UUGAAUUUGCGGGUAACAUUGAACUAAACGUGUAAAUGUUUUUAAAUUUUUUUUUCUUUGGUAUUUUCUUUGCCUGUUGCUUUAACAAAGAAUAAUAUGAUGAAUUAUCUUUUUUUACAAAAGUUUGACCAAAGAAAAUUAAAUUUUAUUUCUCAAAAAUAAUGUUUUCCUCCAUUUCCAGUUACACAGUCGAAUGUGGUGAUAACAUCGUGUGUUUUCAAUUUAGAAUAUUUGCAUUCAUAAAAUGCCAAGAAAAUGUUCGACAAGUCAUCCUGGCACAAGAAAAUAUGGCACUAAAUCUAAUUACACCAAUUCUACACUUCAAGAGGCUUUAGCCAAAAUUAAAUUAGAAAAAAUGUCGAUUGGUGAAGCUUCUAAAAUUUAUAAAGUACCUAAAGCAACAUUAUUUUAUAAGCUAAAAAAUAAACACUGUAAUUCAGUAGUGCGCCCUAUUGCCCUUAGCAUUGAUGAAGAACUUUGUUUUGAAAAUCACUUACUUUAUUUAAGUGACAAAGGUAUACCAAUUGGAAUUAAUGAUUUUAAAAGUAUUGUCAAAAUCUAUUUGGAUGAUAGUGGAAAAAAUAUACAACAGUUUAAAGAUAACCGACCAGGUUGGGAGUGGUGUAAACUUUAUCUUGACAGGCAUCCAUCAUUAAAAGAAAAAGUAUCUCAUUGUAUUUCAAGGAAACGUGCACAGAUUAAUUAUUGUCAAAUAAAAUUAUUUUUUCAAAAUCUAGAGAAGGAAUUAAAUGGAGUAACGCCAGAUAACAUUUACAAUAUGGAUGAAACAGGGUUUCAUGAUGACCCUGGAAAAAAAAAACUUAUUUUUCGUCGAUCCUCUCGCCAUCCAGAACUUAUAAGAAACACAACAAAAACUUGUUACACUGUUGUUUUUUGUGGAAAUGCCUCAGGGAAACUAAUUCCACCAUUUUUCAUUUUUAAAGGAAAACACAGUUGGUCUGACUGGCUUUUCAAUGCACCAGAAGGAUCAAGAAUGGCAACUUCUUGCAGUGAUAUAACAUUUAUAUGUUUGGUACCCAAUUCCACACACCUUUUACAACCUUUAGAUGUUGGAUAUUUCUCGAGUUUAAAAGCUAAUUGGAGGUCAGUUCUUAAUCAAUGGCGUAAAACAUCCAGAGGAAAAAAGGUUAAUAAUCUGCCAAAACAUUUAUUUACGCAGCUCAUUAAAUCUACUCUUAAUGUUGGUAAAGAAAAUCUAGAACAUAAUCUCCAAGCAGAAUUUAAGGCUACUGGCAUAUAUCCAUUUUUACCAGAACAUGUUCUCUCCAAAUUACCCAGUUUUACAAAUAUAGAUAUUCAACUCAAUAUUGGAGAAUCGUUUAGGAAUUAUGUUGAUGAUAUUCAUCUUAAUUAUGAAGUAAGCAAAAAAUUUAAGUUACCAAUAACAGCAGGGAAAAGGGUAUCAGCCACUGAGGUAGAAGCAUACUAUAAGGAAAGAGACAAUAAAAAAAAAAGUCAAGAUAAUAUUCGAGCAAAGAAAAGAGGAAGACCACUUGGAUCAAAUAAUAUGGUUAUGAAAAUAAACAAAAAACUUAAUAUUUUACAAAGUUCAAGCAUCGUAAAUGUUGAUCAAGUUAUUGAAGACGAUGAACAAGUUUUACCUGUAUCUCAAAAUGAUGCAGUUUUUUCAUUGGAGCAAAUAAACAAUCACUAUGUACAUGUUUUCCUUGAUCAUGAUUAUUUUGUAAAAGAGUUAGUUGAAACUCAAGACUAA